GACAAUAUUUUCAUGAUGUAGUUGGGAGUCCGUAUUAUGUUGCACCAGAGGUUUUGCUUAAGCAUUAUGGACCUCAAGCAGAUGUCUGGAGUGCAGGUGUUAUCCUUUACAUCUUAUUAAGUGGGGUUCCACCUUUUUGGGCAGAAACUGAAUCAGGAAUCUUUAGACAGAUCUUACAAGGAAAACUAGAUUUAGAAUCUGAUCCGUGGCCAAAUAUCUCAGAUAGUGCAAAAGAUUUGAUCCGAAAGAUGCUUGAGAGGGACCCGAGGCAAACGAUUACUGCUCAUGAAGCCUUGUGUAACCCAUGGAUUGUAGAUGACAGAGUUGCUCCAGACAAACCUCUUGAUUCUGCAGUAUUGUCACGUCUGAAGCAAUUCUCAGCAAUGAAUAAACUUAAAAAGAUGGCUCUGCGUGUCAUAGCAGAAAGACUUUCUGAAGAAGAAAUUGGUGGUUGA